UGGAGAAGACGACGAACAAAGUGAAUCGAAUAAUGAAAAAGGUGACAAAGAUAAAGACGAACAGAUUGAAGACAAAAAUGACAACAAAACUCUUCCAAUUUCAAGAAAACGAAAACUUAAACCUGAUACAUCCUCUGAUCAAGAUGAUAAGAUCGUUGAUAAUUCUUCAACUGUUAUGACUGUAGCAUCAACUAAUGUAUCAUCAUCUUCUACUAUUGAUCAAUCAAAUAAUAUUGAUGAUAAUAAUGUGAAAGUUGAUGUUAUGAAAGUUGAAGAAAAGAAAAUGGUUACAAUUAUUAAAAAGGGAAAAGCUCCAGUUGAUGAAAUGUUUUCAAUGAAUAAAACAACUCAUGUAUACGCGGAUGAUCAGAUUGUUUGGGAUUGCCUUCUCAAUCAAACUAAUGUUAAAGGUAAUAAUAAUAAAUUCUAUAUUAUUCAACUUUUGGAAUCUGAUUCAAAUAGUUCUUAUUAUGUAUUUAAUAAAUGGGGUAGAGUUGGAUACACUGGUCAAACAUCUACUUCAGGUCCUUUUUCUUCCUUACCUUUGGCUCAACAUGAAUUUCAAAGGAAAUUUCGUGAUAAAACGGGUAAUAUGUGGAUUGAUGUUCAAGAUGCUAUUCAAAUGAUUUUUGAUAUUAAUGCAUUUAAAAAUAUAAUGGUCGAAUUGAAUUAUGAUGCAUCUAAAUUACCAUUGGGAAAACUUUCAAAAAACACUAUAACUCAAGGAUUUCAAGUUCUUAAACGUAUUGAGGCUGUUCUAGUUAAUAUCGAUCAAGGAAAUCUAGAACAACUUUCCAAUGAAUUUUAUACUGUCAUUCCACAUAGUUUUGGAAUGAGAACACCUCCUAUCAUUUCAACCCUUGACUUGUUAAAAGAGAAAUUAGAUAUGGUAGAAGCUUUGGGUGAAAUUGAGAUCGCAGCAUCAUUGAUUAAAUCGGCGGAUUCAAAAAUCAAUUUAUUGGAUUCACAUUAUAAUUCACUUAAUUUAGAAAAGAUGGAACCUUUGGAUCAUGAUUCCGAAGAAUUUAAAUUAAUACUUAAAUAUGUCAAAAAUACUCAAGGCAGUACACAUUAUUGUAAAGUUGAAGUUCUUGAUGUUUUUUCAAUUGAAAGGCAAGGAGAAAAUGAACGAUUUUCAAAAUAUUCCAAUUUACAUAAUAGAAUGUUACUUUGGCAUGGUUCUAGAAGAACAAAUUUUGCCGGAAUUUUAAGUCAAGGAUUGAGGAUUGCACCUCCUCACGUUCCUUCCAGUGGUUACAUGUUUGGAAAAGGA